AUGCUAAAACAACGUAUGGCGACAUUACCAAAGGCUCGGGUCACCCCAUUUCCACCAUUUGCAAGAUCUGGCUUAGACUAUUGCGGUCCAUUCAACAUACGCAUUGGCUCCAAGGCUGUACGAACCGUGCGGAAGGCUUACGUGGCAAUCUUUGAGUGCAUGGUAACCAAGGCAUUGCACAUCGAACUGACUGAAGAUCUCACUUCUGAGGCUUUCAUAAAUACAUACACCCGUUUCGUAAACCGGCGUGGUCCAUGUAAUCAUUUAUACAGUGACAAUGCCACUACAUUCAUUGGCGCAGAUCGCUUAAUGACCGCUGACUUACAGGCUUGUCAUAAUAAAUAUUCUCAACAGCAAUUGGCAAAUCGAGGCACAAAAUGGCAUUUUCUACCACCUGACGCACCUCAUCAAGGCGGUCUAUGGGAAGCUGCCGUUAAGUCAGCAAAGAAGCACUUACUACGCAUUGUUGGCACUCAUUCGACUUACUAUGAUCAGCUACAUACUCUACUUGUACAUAUCGAGGCUUGCUUGAAUUCACGUCCACUUAUACCAUUGCAUGACACUUGUGACGACAAGAUGGCUCUAUCACCUGCAGAUUUCCUAAUUGGCAGAUCUCUAUUGGCAGUGCCAGAUGAACUUAUUGGCAAGGUACCUAGCAACAAAUUAUCAUACUGGCGACAAUUAAGGCAAAUGCAACAGCAUUUUUGGCGACAAUGGCAUGAUGAAUAUCUUUCAACUUUGCAACCACGUUCCAAAUGGCAUCAAAAUGGUGACAACAUCAACAUAGGCGAUGUCGUGGUUAUCCGGCACGAGAAUCUACCAGCAACACAUUGGCGGCUUGGCAGGGUGAUUAAACUUCACCCAGGCGAAGAUGGUUUGGUACGAGUGGUCACGAUCAAGCAUUCAGCAGGCGAAUGCAUGCGACCUAUCCAAAAUAUAUGCAGGCUUGUGGAGCAUCUUGAACGUAUCCGUCCAGCCGGGGAGGAUGUUUGA